AAAUUAUUAUUAAUUAUAUCAUAUUAUUACAAAGUAAAAUAAAAAACAAUUAGGUUUCAAUUUGAAUUUUUGUUCUGAAUUUUCAAUUCCUUUGAAUUUUAUCAGAUCUGAAUAUCAAAAUUUUUCCCAAUUGAGUCGCUUUCCACGUCAGUCAUUAUCCCCUCCAAAAGAAAUUUUCGAACUUUCGAUUUCUUAUGCGAAAAUAAGAACCCAAAAUGUUUCGUUUAGAGCAAGAAAAAAUCCGAAAACGAUUUUAAUUCUUUUUAUCAAAUUUUUUAUUUUUAUACUUUUCAACAAUCAACAACUGUUUCUCACCUUCACGGCGGCUGUUGCCAUGGCCGACGCUCUGUCGUCUAUUCCGGCAGCCGUUCUUCGUAACCUUGCUGAUAAGCUCUAUGAGAAACGUAAAAAUGCUGCUCUUGAGAUUGAGAAUAUAGUGAAGCAAUUAACUGCUAAUGGAGAUCAUGAUAAAAUUAAGGCUGUUAUCAAUUUGUUGACUAAUGAAUUUAUUAAUUCACCACAAGCUAAUCAUCGGAAGGGAGGAUUGAUAGGAUUAGCUGCUGCAACUGUUGGGUUGACUUCUGAAGCAUCUCAGCAUCUUGAGAGUAUUGUGCUCCCUGUGCUAGAGUCUUUCUCUGAUCAAGAAAGCAGAGUUCGUUAUUAUGCCUGUGAAGCACUAUAUAACAUAGCUAAGGUUGUGAGAGGGGACUUUAUUCUAUACUUCAACAACAUUUUUGAUGCCUUAUGCAAGCUUUCCGCGGACUCUGAUGGAAAUGUACAAAGUGCUGCUCACCUAUUAGAUCGGCUUGUGAAGGAUAUUGUGACUGAAAGUGAUCAGUUCAGUAUCGAAGAAUUUAUACCACUGUUGAAGGAGCGCAUGAAUGUAUUGAAUCCAUAUGUCCGCCAGUUUUUGGUAGGAUGGAUUACUGUAUUGGACAGUGUCCCAGAUAUUGAUAUGCUGGGUUUCCUUCCUGAUUUUCUUGAUGGAUUGUUUAACAUGUUAAGUGAUUCGAGUCAUGAAAUACGUCAACAGGCUGAUUCAGCUCUUUCAGAGUUUCUUCAAGAAAUUAAGAAUUCACCAUCUGUAGAUUAUGGUCGAAUGGCUCAAAUACUGGUACAGAGGGCAGGUUCUCCAGAUGAAUUUACGAGGCUAACAGCUAUCACAUGGAUAAAUGAGUUUGUCAAACUUGGUGGAGACCAGCUUGUUCCAUAUUAUGCAGACAUUCUUGGAGCCAUUUUGCCCUGUAUAUCAGAUAAAGAAGAGAAAAUCAGAGUUGUUGCUCGUGAAACCAAUGACGAGCUACGUGCUAUUAAGGCUGAUCCAGCUGAAGCAUUUGAUGUUGGAGCUAUUCUCUCCAUUGCCAGGAGGCAAAUAUCUAGUGAAUGGGAGGCUACUCGAAUUGAAGCUUUGCACUGGAUAUCAACCCUUGUAAAUGAAUAUCGCACCGAGGUUUUGCAAUAUCUGAACGACAUAUUCGACACCCUGCUCAAGGCACUUUCAGAUCCAUCUGAUGAGGUUGUUCUUCUAGUUCUUCAAGUUCAUGCGUGCAUCGCGAAGGAUCCUCAGCACUUUCGUCAGCUUGUUGUUUUCCUGAUGCACAAUUUCCGGACAGACAAUUCACUUUUAGAGAAGCGUGGUGCUUUAAUAAUCCGCCGGCUCUGUGUGCUUUUGGAUGCUGAGAGAGUCUAUCGUGAACUUUCUACAAUACUAGAAGGGGAAUCUGAUUUGGAUUUUGCAUCAAUUAUGGUUCAGGCUUUGAAUUUGAUCUUACUUACAUCAUCAGAACUAUCUGAGAUUAGAGUUCUUUUGAAGCAAUCAUUGGUAAAUCCUGCCGGAAAGGAUUUAUUUGUUUCUUUGUAUGCCUCAUGGUGUCAUUCUCCAAUGGCGAUUAUCAGUCUUUGCUUCUUAGCUCAGACUUACCAACAUGCGAGUACUGUGAUUCAAUCUCUGGUAGAGGAGGAUAUUAAUGUCAAAUUUUUAGUACAACUGGACAAAUUGAUUCGUUUGCUAGAAACUCCAGUCUUCGCUUAUCUAAGAUUGCAGCUUCUGGAGCCUGGAAGAUAUACAUGGUUAUUUAAAGCACUGUAUGGCCUUCUGAUGUUGCUUCCUCAGCAAAGUGCCGCCUUCAAGAUACUAAAAACUCGUUUGAAAGCCGUGCCAUCGUAUUCUUUCAAUGGUGAACAAUUGAAGAAAACAUCCUCUGGGAACCCCUAUCAAUUUCUCCAACACAUGUCUGGUGGAUCUCACACAGCAGAGGAUGGCGACGUAGCUGUGGACAGUGGGAACUCACACAAUGGAAUCAAUUUUGUUGCAAGGCUAAAUCAGUUUCAGCAAAUGCAGCAACAGCAUCGCGAACAUUUUAGAGCACAGGCACAGACACGCAAAAAUUCCACCUCAGUAGCAAAGGAGGAGGAGGUACAAAGGCAAGAAGAAGAAACAAAGAGACCUCAUUUGAAUGAGCUUAAUGCUCCAAGAUCAUUCAAGAGAGCUAGCUAAAUGUUAUUGAAUCAGUAUUAUUAUGCACUGAUCCAAUCCCUGUGUAUGUGUAGAACUUUGAAUGGGAUAGGGUAUUGAUUUGUAAAAUUGUUGUAAAUCAUAAUAGCAGAUCCUUUUAUUCUACUGCUACUUAUCAUCAUCAUCAUCAUCAUCAUCAUAGAAGAAAGUUGGGAUGGUGAAAAAUGGAUUUUGGAAUGAAGAUAAAACUUGGGCUUUGCUGGGCCGGGCCAGGCUAUUCUUUUGAUCUUGUAAACUUGAUAGAUACUCACAUGGUUCUGUUGUUUUUGUUGAAAACCGUGUGGGACAGAGGGGAUACUUCAUUUUAGAAAAGAAGUUGUUCAUUGUUUAGUACUUGUUUUUCAUGUGGCUUUAUGCAUACAAUUACAUACUAUAUAAUAAUCAUAUGAUAUAGAAAUUAGAUGCUUGCUUAAUGCUUAGUGUCUAAGUUGGCGUAUUACAAGACGCGUGAUUUUGUAUUUUGUUGUAAACUUGUGAUUACUUGAAGUUGUAAACACAUUUUUUUCCUGCA